AGGGCGGCGGCGCCGGCGACCGUGGUAAUUGCAGCUGCUCAGGGGCAGAGCUUGCCCCAGCGCUGAGUAGUGGCAACCGCGCGUUGCGUCGGGGGUGCUCUGGAGCCGGGAGCCCCAGGGCCUGAAAUCGGCAGCUCCCCAGCUGUACACACUCUCACACAGGAAGAGGUGCUGCCGAAUCAGCGCGGGGCAGCGGGAGCGCCCCGUGGGGCUUCCUCAGUUGAGGAGAGGUGGGGUUCCAGGGCACAGGUGACAGGGCCAGAGAAAGAUGGAGCAGCCCGGGGCGGCGGCGGGAGCGGGAGGCGGCAGUGAGGAACCCGGUGGGGGCCGGAGCAACAAGCGGAGCACGGGGAACCGGGCUGCCAACGAAGAGGAAACGAAAAACAAACCCAAACUGAACAUUCAAAUAAAAACUUUGGCUGAUGAUGUGCGUGACCGAAUUACAAGUUUCAGAAAAUCUACUGUCAAAAAAGAAAAACCUCUUAUUCAGCAUCCUAUUGAUUCUCAAGUUGCGAUGAGUGAGUUUCCGGCAGCUCAGCCAUUAUAUGAUGAACGAUCUUUGAAUUUGUCCGAAAAGGAAGUACUGGAUCUCUUUGAAAAAAUGAUGGAGGACAUGAACCUUAAUGAAGAACGAAAAGCUCCUUUGCGAAACAAAGAUUUUACCACCAAACGUGAGAUGGUUGUCCAGUAUAUUUCUGCCACUGCCAAAUCUAUAGUUGGAAGUAAAGUUACGAGUGCAAGAUUUUCACUGAUGUUACAUACUUGAGCUCUUCUGACACAAGCGAGAAGAUAGCUAAAACAGCUCUCAAAGCUGGGUUUACAGCCUUUGGUGUCAUUCGGUAUUUCAGUGAACUAGGUGAGGUGGUUCUUAAUUUUUCUCUCUCUCUCUAUCGUUAUCAUGGUUGAUUGUCAGUGAGAGCUGCAGUCAAACAAAAAUGGAAACUUUGUAAUUUAUGUAUAGCUUUACAAAGGCAAAGGAAUGAAGGAUUAUUGCAGUUGGUGCAGUCCCAGAUACAAUUAAUAUCAAAUGCAUAUAAAUCCUGUUAGAGAUCUGUCAUGGGUGAAAAAGGAAUAUGAAAAAUGCGUGACCUAUCUUUAUUAGAUUCAGUUAGAGAGAGACCAUACAGAGCUAAGGAGCUUUACAAACUGCAUAUUAAUCAUAACCAGUCUUCUGAGAUAAACCUAUUUCUUGUAACUUAUCAAAGCUGUACAGAAGAUUAGUCAUUCCCUUUGGUAAAGGAAUGUUUUACAUAUUGUUCUGAGUUUUGAACAUUGCAGCUUUAAAAACUGAUUAACAGAUAUUUUAAUAUUAAAAUAUAUCUCAUUGAAUUAUAUAGCUUAGGCAGCUAUUACCCUAUAAUGCCACCUCAAUAGGAAGAUGGGCUCUUUGUCAAAACCUCUACAUUACUGUUUUGUUGCAUAUUGAACAAGACACUCUAGGGAGUUGUAUUAGAGACCAGACAAAAGAACUUUGCUACAGCAAGCAAUCGUCAAAUCACACAGAAAUAUUUCUUUCUUAAAUCUUUACUUUUAGCAACAAUUGGGAGAUAUCAGCACCAUUUUUUUUUAAUGUCACUUUCAAUUCCUGAAGUCUUUUAUCUCUUUGAGAAGGAGGGGAAUUAGCUUAAGGGGACAGUUAAGACCAUCAUGUUAAUGCACAGUAUUACUAAGGGUAGAGGAUGUGUAACGGCUAUAAUCUGACAAGGAUAAUUAAGAUCCUGCUUUUAAAAUGUGUGAGAAGAUUUCAUAAGAUUAUGAAAAUUUUAGAUAGAACAUAAAGAAACAGGUAUGAAUUGUAUUUUGUAUUGUUGGCUCACAAAUGUAGAGAUGUUGAGUGAUUUUAAGCAUUUAGUUACUGACCUGUUGUCACUUGAGUGCCCACAGAAUAUAAGAUCCUAUCGAUAAAAAUAUGGAGCUAUUUCAUGAUGAAGGUUUCCAUAUUCAAUGACAUAUGUCAUUUGAUAGCUUUGUUUUCAUAUUUCUAAAAUAGACUUUUAAAAAGCUCAAAUACAGAUGUAUAUACAUUAAAAAUAAAAUCUUCUCUCAUUCUUCCCAUUUUGC